UGUCCUACAACAUUUGGUUCCUCUCAACUUCCUCUUUUGCUUUCGCGUUUAAUGAGUUAAGGGCCUACAGUCGCGAUUUCCUUGUGGUGCAACUAUUUGGAGUCAUGCUGCGUACUUACUGAGAUACAUAGGUAGCCAUUAUUUGCUCCUCAAGUUGUUAGCGAAUACUAAACUAUUUGCUCCCUCGCAUUGCCGAAGGCACGCUACUCAGCCAUACUUAGAUAUUCUUCAUUGGCCUUAUAGCCAUUGCGUCAUUGCCACAAGAAAAUUCGGUCUACACUACCAGCGCUCCACCAACGAGUCAAUCAGUCAAUUGAGAAACGCGGUGGUGUAUGGAUGUGUCUGGAUCUAUUUUGCAGCGACGGUAAAUUCAGCAAAAGACACAAAGCGCCACCAAAUUCUUCCGGCUGUUUAAGGUGGCCGCGCGUGUAGUGGCGAUGGCUGAUUUUGUUCGAAGGUGUUACGGUGAACCCAAUGCAAAGAGCAUAGCGUGAACGAAAAAUUGCACACAUAAAUAUUUUGUAUUUGUUUACAAUUGAAAAUUAAGAAAAAAAAAUACGUAUUGAUUAGAUAAACGAUCGUAAAUGAGCAUUGAUUGGCCCAACGCGGUUGUGUUGUGUUAAGAAUUUGUUAUUGUUGACGGCAGCAUGGUGUAUGUUAUCUUAAAACAACACAGUUUUGAAAUGAAGUGAUCCUCAAGCGAUCAAUUAUUGCCUGCUUACAAAAUUUAAGUGCGUCUCUUUGUUAAAAAUUUCUGAAAAUCGCGACCGAAGAAAGCAUAUGUGAAGUGUAAACUACCUCUAUAACAUAAAAAAAAAGUUAAAUAAUUCCGCCCUUGUAAUUAUUUCACGCUGACAUCUAGACCCACACCUCUCCCCCUCCAUCGAUUGCAGUUUAAUGUCUUUGCUGGCACUGAUUUUGGUAUGCGUCGCUGGCAGUCACAUCACAGGCGUUCUGGGCGUGCUUGAGGAUAGCGCUGCAGCUGCGCGCCGUUUGGUCAGCGCGCCAAUAUGCUGCCCUUUGGGCUGGUCCCUUCUCAAGCUCAAUAUGGGCUUCUUUAGGCCCGAACUUUACGAGUGUCGUAAUGUAUUUCAUAACGGUGAUGAAAAAAAGGUAAACGAUAAAGAAACCGAAAAUUCCAUUGAGGUUUUCGAACGCACUGCGCCAGUCUAUGGCUAUCACAUUCAGUCGCCCGAGCUAGACCAGGACGGUAAUUUCACCGGUCAAGUGCCGCAAUGUGCUCGGCAAACAUUUCUCUUCCUAACAAGCGACAAGGAGGUGGAGUUGCCACCCAGCGCCUGCCUUACAAGUGUCGAUCAACGACUUGCGGCCAUUUUUUGUCCACCCGCGCGUGGCGAGGUGCUACAAUCACUGAGCGUCGUGCACAAGUGUUGCCCGCUGCGUUACGUAUACGACACAGCAUCUCAGAUGUGCAUACAAAGUGUGGUCGAGCAGAGCUUUCAACGCUAUGGCAGUUUGUUGCAACAGUGGGCCAUCUUCGUGGAUGGCGCGGUGCAAUGUGAGCAUGAUAUGGUGCUGGUGGAGUAUCAGCUAAGUGGAAAAGAAUUGAAAUUCAUCGACGGCAAAUUAGCCAUUGCCAUUGGUAAUGAGUGGAAAAAAUUCAAGCUAUCCGAAUACUGCAUGGAGACAAUCGAAACGACGCCGUUCAAUGUGCAUGAUGUGGGCGAACAGCGCUUUUUAGUCCGUACUUGCCAACAGCGGCGCGUCUGCCAGAGUAUGGCAUGCAUUCGUCGCUGCUGUGAGGAUGGUGAAUUUUUUACAAAAGGCAAUGCGACGUCAUACUGCAAGCGCGACAAAUCGGAUGUGGGCUUCCAUAGUUUCGAGAGCCUGCAAAUAAGUGGAAACUUCACAAAACCUCCAG